GUACAGGGAUUGCGAUUUCCAGAGCAGGCAGACCGGUUAUCAGAGCGCCCCCUGUGGGCAGACAAACUUCUCUUUUCUCCAAUGAAGAAAUCGCUGGCAGGACCACAAACAUUUCCUCAUGCCUAAAGCAAACAGAAGCUUGAAUAACGCGCUGCGGACGGGAUUACCAUGGUGGACAGCGUGUUCCGGACACGGUCACUAGGAGUGGCGGCGGAGGGUCUCCCGGAUCAGUAUGCUGAUGGGCGAGCGGCCCGGGUCUGGCAUUACUACAUUGGAGACAAGAGGAGCCGCACAGAUGAAUAUCGUACCUGGAUCCUGUCCCUGUUACAUAAACAUGGCUGCCGGAUGGUGCUGGAUGUCGCCUGCGGCACAGGGGUGGACUCGGAGAUGUUGGUGGAGGAAGGAUUCUCUGUAGUCAGCGUUGAUGCCAGUGAUAAAAUGUUGAAAUACGCCCUAAAGACUCGCUGGAACAGAAGGAAAGAACCCGCAUUUGACAAGUGGGUCAUUGAGGAAGGUAACUGGCUCUCUCUGGAUCAGGAAAUCUCUCGCCCUGGAAAUGGAUUUGAUGCUGUCAUUUGCCUGGGGAAUUCAUUUGCACAUCUACCAGAUUUUAAAGGAGAUCAGAGCGACCAGCGCUUGGCUCUGCGGAAUAUUGCAGGGAUGGUCAGACCAGGGGGAAUCCUGAUCAUAGACCAUAGAAACUACGACUACAUCCUGGACACUGGCUGCGCCCCUCAAGGCAAGAACAUUUACUACAAGAGUGACCUGACUCAGGACAUUAGCACCUCUGUGCUGUGGGUGAACAAUAAACCUCACAUGGUGACCCUGGAUUACACUGUACAAGUGCCGGCAUCUGGGGAGGCGCAACCAGAACUGAGCAAGUUCCGCCUGUCCUACUACCCCCAUCGUCUGCAGUCUUUCACCACUCUGCUAGAUGAGGCCUUCGGAGGUCGCUGUGAGCACAUGGUGUAUGGGGACUUCUUGCCUUAUACCCCAGGCCAACAGAAUGAGCCCUGUUACUUCAUACAUGUGUCAAAGAAAACCGCAUGAGGGGGAACACCCCAGCAGGACAGCGGUCACAACUGGGCCAAUGACUUCAUGAUGAACUUUAGUUAAUGCUUUUGUAUGAAUAAAUCAGCUGCUACAUUC